AUGGCUCGCAUCAAGAACCAACACACAUACAGCCUGAAAAACUGUCAGGGAGGCACUGCUGUUGACCUCUCAGGUGAUGAUAACUACUCCGUCCAAGGUUUUCGCCCCCACGAUGGCUCCAACCAGGCGUGGAUCUUCCAGCAGGAUGGCGACCAGAACGGGUGGUUCAUAAAGUCUUCCCACUCUGGAAAAUAUCUUGGGAUCAAAGGCAACCCCCAAAAUGGCACCGCGGUUGUUGUUAUACCAAACCCCUUCAAGUGGGAUGUCAAAGACUCCGAUGUUAAAAGCGUUAAAGGCAUUAGGAUAUUGGUCCAUGGUACGAAUUUCAGCUUAGACCUAUUCAACUAUGGAAAUUCGGCAAACAAGACGAAAAUUCAGCUUUGGGGAAGUUGGCCUGGCGCCAAUCAGAUUUGGGGGUUUACCGACCGGGUUUCCAUUGAGGAUCAGCACACUUACAGCCUCAGAAAUUGUCAGGGAGGCACGGCUGUUGACCUCUCGGGUGCUGAUAACCACUCCAGUAAGCAUCAUCCCUGCUUCAGGAGUAUCCCAAGCCAGCGCUAA